AUGCCAAAGAACGCCGAUCAGGAGGAGUGGGAGGAUUACGGCGACGAAGAGGUGCAGGAUGAAGAGGAGGAGGAUACCACCAUCAACAACUCCGACGUGGUGGUGCGCUACAAGAAGGCCGCCACGUGGUGCAAUGAAACGCUGCGCGUGCUUAUCGAUGCAACGAAACCUGGCGCCAAGGUGUGCGACCUGUGCCGCCUCGGUGAUGACACCAUCACCGCCAAGGUCAAGACGAUGUUCAAAGGUACGGAAAAAGGCAUAGCCUUCCCAACCUGCAUCUCGGUCAACAACUGCGUAUGCCACAACAGCCCUGGUGUGUCGGACGAGGCGACGCAGCAAGAGAUCGCGAUGGGUGACGUCGUGCACUACGACCUGGGCAUCCACGUGGACGGCUACUGCGCCGUCGUCGCGCACACCAUUCAGGUGACAGAGGACGACGAGCUCGGCAAGGACGAGAAGGCGGCGCGCGUCAUUACAGCGGCGUACAACAUCCUGAACACGGCGCUGCGCCAGAUGCGUCCCGGUGCGACCAUCUACCAGGUGACAGACGUAGUUGAGAAGGCUGCAGAGCACUAUAAGGUGACUCCGGUUGACGGCGUCCUCUCGCACAUGAUGAAGCGCUACAUCAUAGACGGAUACCGUUGUAUCCCGCAGCGCAGGGUCGCGGAGCACAUGGUGCACGACUACGAUCUCGAGAAGGCGCAGGUGUGGACGCUAGACAUUGUUAUGACUUCCGGCAAGGGCAAGCUCAAGGAGCGCGAUGCGCGGCCGUGCGUGUUCAAGGUGACACUGGACUCCAACUACUCUGUGAAGAUGGAGAGCGCGAAGGAGGUUCAGAAGGAAAUCGACUCUAAGUAUGCCACCUUCCCGUUUGCCAUCCGAAACCUGGAGGCCAAGAAGGCGCGCCUCGGUCUCAACGAGAUGGCGAAGCACGGUGCCGUCAUCCCGUACCCUAUUCUCUUCGAAAAGGAAGGCGAGGUCGUUGCCCAUUUCAAGAUUACUGUGCUCAUCGGCAACAAGAAGAUUGAACCGAUCACCGGCCUGAAGCCGCAGAAGGCCCCGGCGCUCGAGCCGUACACGGACGAGAUGCUGCUUGCGACGAACAAGCUCUCGUUGUCGCUAGAGAAAAAGGCGGCUAAGUAG